AUGCUUUCCUACACACUGGUCUUCGGCCUCCUCGCGGCCACAGCAACGGCCGUCGCUCACCUCCCCCUUCUACCCCGUCAGACAGACACUUCGGUCCUCGGCGACUCGGGCGACUGCAUCGGAGCCCUCCUCGAAGUCGCCGCUGACGCGCCCCUGCCCCCACCCGAGAUCCAGGACAUCAUCACGGACUACUACAUGACAGCCACGGGCGUCAUGACGGACGCCUGCGCCUGGCAGACCCUCGUCCCUGGUAGCCUCGCCGACGACUGGUCGUCCUACCAGAGUGACGUCUUGCAGUGGUACAGCGACAACAAGAACGACCUGGCCAGCGCCCUCGAAAAGUGCCCGGCCGAUUACUCGAGCUCUGCGGGGCCCUGCACGGGGACCAUUGCCCUUGCCACGGAUGCCGAGGCUACGGGGGCUUCAGGGGGUGAUGCGGGGGAUGGGAGCAGCAGCGGAAGCAACAAUGGCGGCGGCGGCCAGUCGAAUGAUGCUGCUGGGAAGGUUGGGCUUGCUGCUGCGGGGGCGCUCGUGAUCGGUGUCGUGGGUGGUGUUUUUGCUGUUCUUUGA